AUUUGGACAGCAACAGUUAACAACGUGUUUUACUUUCUCUCCAACGGUCUUCGUUACUACAUUUGGCGACGAGAAUUAAAAUGGCGAAUUCAUUAGAUAUGAUCCGUUCUCUCGGUUUGCAAUUGUAAGCUUUCGAUUAUGCUACCCAUACCGACGACGUUGGUAUCGAGUGGCGUAAAUGGUUGAAGUCGUUUGAAACGAUGGCACGAGCGAGCCGAAUCAGCGACGACGAGUGGCAGAAGGAUUUGUUGCUUCAUUACGCAGGGCCGAGCGUUCAGCAGCUGUUCGAUACGUUGCCAGACUUGCCGGGCGAUGACAUGCGAGGCCCAUUGAUGAACGUAAACAAUUAUACACCGAAUAUGACGUGCUACGAAGAGGCGGUUUUAAAGCUGAAUGCAUUUUUUCUUCCAAAAGAAAACUCGACAUACGAACGGCAUUUACUACGUCAGAUGAAACAGAAGACUGACGAAAGUAUCGAUGCAUUCACAGUUAGAUUGCGUGUUCAGGCCGAACGGUGUGGCUUUGGCGAUAGAAUCGAGGAAAACGUUAAGGAUCAAAUAAUUGAGAAUUGUCAAUCGGCCGCUCUGCGUAGGGAGCUACUUAAACGGGGUGAUGCUGACUUGCAGGAAGUUUUGAGAAUAGCCAAAAUUUUCGAGACAGUGGCCGUUCAAGAAAAAUCUUUCACUAGAGAAGCUAUAAAGCCCCAGAUUAUUGAAGUCAACAGAGUUCAAGUGAAUUCAUCCUAUGUUCAAAAAAAUCGCCCAAUGGAAUCAGCGCAAGAAGAAUGCCAUCGAUGCGGAUACUUUGGACACAUGGCACGGGAUGAAAAGUGUCCCGCGAAGGGAAAAUCAUGCAAUAAGUGUAAUGGUCGUGAUCACUUCGCGAAAAAGUGCCGCAAACGAAAGCAUCAAAUGCCAGCCGUUGCCAAGCGUGAUGAUAUCUCGAAGGUGGUUCGCACAAGUCAUGAGGUCCGGAAUCAAGGUUCCAGUACUGUACACCAGAUUGUUGAUACCGACACUGAAUAUGUAUUCAACGUGACGACCACCGACAACGAUGGCGAAAUACAAUGUGAAAUAGGAGGUGUUACCAUUUCGGCUGUAAUUGAUUCAGGGUCGAAAUAUAAUCUACUGAGUGAAAUCAUUUGGCAGCAGAUGAAGUCCAAAAAGGUGGUUGUGAGUAAUCAAACACGAGAGGUGUCAAAGAUUUUCAAAGUUUAUGGCGGACAGGAAUUAGUGGUACUCGGUGCAUUCACUGCAACCAUCAAAGUGGGUGAACGAAUCACAUCGGCUAAGUUUUAUGUUGUAAAAGGAAAUGGAAAGAUUCUGAUUGGUCGCGAUACAGCAACGGUUAUGGGAAUCUUGGAGAUAGACGCUGCGGUUAAUGAGAUUAACGCGGAAGACAAAGCUAGUCCUUUGGGAACCAUAAAGGACGUUGUCAUCGACAUUCUCAUCAUGACAGAUGUUGUUCCAGUCAUCCAGCCAUAUCGACGCAUUCCUGUUGCAUUGGAAAAGCUAGUGGACAAAAAACUUGAUGAAUUGCUGAACAAAGGAGUUAUCGAAAAGGUGAAUGAACCUUCCAAAUGGGUGUCUCCGGUUGUCGUCGUGCCCAAAGGAGACGACGUGCGCAUAUGCGUGGACAUGCGACGGGCUAAUGAAGCGGUGCAAAGGGAGAAUCACCCAUUGCCGACGAUUGAGGAUUUUCUUCCGGAUCUCGCAAAGGCAAAAGUUUUUUCAAGGCUCGACGUAGAAAACGCUUUUCAUCAGGUGGAAAUAUCUCAGAGAUCCAGAGAAAUAACAACAUUUAUCACACGCAGAGGUUUGUACAGGUAUACUCGCCUAAUGUUUGGCAUCAGUUGUGCCCCCGAGCUAUUCCAGAAGAUUAUGGAACAAGUGUUGAGUGGGUGCGAGGGUUGCAUAAACUUCAUCGACGAUGUAAUCGUACACGGAUCUGAUAGACAGGAACACGAUAUACGUUUGGAAAAGGUACGUCGUAAAUUAGAAGAAAUGAAUGUGAAGCUCAAUGAUGCUAAAUGUUUGUACGGAGUAUCUAAGCUGAAUUUUUUGGGGCAUAUUUUGUCUUCGAAUGGAAUUAGACCCGCUACAGAUAAGCUGGAAUCAAUCCGUAACUUUAGAGAACCUUGUUCCAAGAAAGAAACUCGAAGUUUCUUGGGCUUAGUCAAUUAUGUGGGCAAGUUUAUACCGAAUUUAGCGACCUUGACUGAUCCUCUUCGGCAAUUGACUAAGCAACAUAAAUUCAUUUGGAAACGGGAGCAUCAGAUAGCCUUUGAUAAUCUGAAACUUUCCAUGGUAAAUCCUGCAACUUUGGGUUACUUUGACGUUGAUGAUCGCACUCAACUGAUUGCUGACGCAAGCCCUGUUGGUCUUGGGGCCGUUCUCAUCCAGAUUAACAACCGAGGUCCAAGAAUUAUCUCAUAUGCCAGCCGUAGUUUGACAGACGUUGAAAAGCGAUAUGCUCAAAUAGAGAAAGAAGCCCUCGCAUUAGUCUGGGCCGUCGAGCGGUUUCACUACUAUUUAUAUGGUCGUUCGUUUGAAUUGAUCACAGACCAUAAACCAUUGGAAACGAUAUUCGGACCACGAUCGAAACCCUGCGCGAGAAUUGAGAGGUGGCUGGUCCGAUUGCAGGCGUAUAAAAUAACAGUCAUUUAUCGGCCAGGCAAAUCUAACAUAGCUGACCCCCUAUCACGGUUGGCGGUAACAUCUAAAGUGGACGGUAAGGCUCUGGAUGAGUAUACGGAACAUUACGUACAUUGGGUGGCUUCGAAUGCUGCUCCAGUUGCUUUGAAAAUGACCGAUAUUGAGCGAAAGUCGGAAAUGGAUAUCUCAAUCGGAGCUGUCAGGACUGCUCUGCAAGAGGGCGUAUGGAGUGAUGACGCAGCUCCUUUCAAAGUAUUCGAGAAUGAGCUAUGCUUCGCUGGAAAAAUAUUAUUGCGUGGAACACGAAUUGUUAUGCCGCAGAGCUUGAGAAAGCGAACACUUGACCUGGCGCAUGAGGGUCAUCCGGGCAUCUCAUUAAUGAAGCAACGACUGCGAGCAAAGGUAUGGUGGCCUAAGCUAGAUGCACAAGUUGAAGCAUACGUCAAAAACUGCCGAGGAUGUAUACUAGUGUCGGCCCCUCCUGCUCCUGAACCGAUGAAGCGUAGAGAGCUCCCAUCUGCGCCCUGGCAACACUUGGCCAUUGAUUAUUUCGGCCCACUACCAUCAGGUCAUUAUUUGUUGGUAGUGGUUGAUUAUUUCAGCCGUUAUAUUGAAGUUGAGGCUAUGAAGAAAACAGAUUCUGCUGAGACCAUCAAGCGAUUGGAUCCGAUAUUUGCUCGCUUCGGCAAUCCAUUUUCCAUCACAGCAGACAACGGUCGACAAUUUAUCAGCGAGGAGUUUGAAGGUUAUUGUGUUUCAAAAGGCAUCAAGUUAAUCCAUACAACUCCAUAUUGGCCACAACAAAACGGUGAAGUGGAGCGCCAAAACCGAUCUAUUUUGAAGAGACUUACGAUUAGCCAGGCAACCAAUGUAGAUUGGGAAGUGGAACUAAAUAAGUAUUUAUUGAUGUAUCGAUCCACCCCACACUCUACAACCGGGAAAACACCAUCGGAAAUGCUUCUGGGUUACAAUAUCCGUGAUAAGGUUCCAUCGAUCCAUCAACCGAAGGAAGUUGAUGAGGAAGUUGUUGAUAGGGAUAAGGAGGAGAAAGAUAAGGGGAAAUCAUAUGCCGAUGAGCGACGUAAUGCAAGACCGAAUCAAAUUGCUGAAGGAGAUGCUGUACUGUUGAAAAGGAUGACGAAGGCUAACAAACUGUCAUCGAACUUUGAUCCUGAAGUAUUUAGAGUGGUCAAAAGGAAAGGCGGAGAUGUUGUGGUGGCUUCAGAAGAGUCUGGAGUCGAAUAUCGCAGCAUCAUCAGCACCAACCCCAUCAUCAUCUUCAUCGACAACAGCAGGUCACAGCAACGGAAAACGGACAAGGACAUAUACAAGUUUUGA